AUGUUGACAAAUGCAGACAAAAAUCAGUACCAUCGGUCGGUGAGACUAAUACAAAUCGAAAAAACUAGUGCACAAUGUGGAUUUCAUUUGACUAGAAGCAAAUGGGACCCUUACCCCUGGGUGAGCAGUGUAGACAACGACAGCGCGGCUUCUUCGUCGGGUUUAAAGACCGGUGACUGUGUGAUAGAAGUCAAUGGAGAAGAUAUUCUAGGAAAACGGAUAUCAGAAAUAGCGGAAAUAGUUAAGUCCAAACCUGAACAAGUUUCACUUUUGCUUUGGAAUGCUGAUAUCGAUGCCCACUGUACGCACGAGACUUUAUGCUGCGGUCCUCUUCCAAGACAGCUUCAAAAGUUAUCCUCAUGUUUAACUACAAUUCUAGCAUUUCUUGAGUGCCCUGUAUGUUUAGACACUAUCUCUUCUCCUACGUAUCAAUGCGAUAAUGGCCAUUUAAUCUGUAUAAAAUGCAGAACCAAGACAGAGCGAUGUCCAGUAUGUAGAAUUAGACUUCACAGGGGAAGAUCGCUAAUGGCAGAUCAUGUAUUUACCGCAAUAACCGAUAUAUUUGCCCCUUAUGAAGAAACCAAAGAAGCAAGAGUAGCAAAUAUUCAAAAAAUAUUUAAAAAGAAAGACAAAAAUAAAGCCAUACCAGAUAUAAUAAUUACAGAGUCAUACACCAACAAAUUAAUUUCAAAAAUAGUGGGAAAAUCAUCUUCAGCAGACAAUCUUUCGACUACCUCGAAGUACUUAACCAUAGAUGACGCAGUUUCUGAUAAUAAUUCACAAUUAAAAGUAAAGUCUCUUUCUGUUAAUGAGAUUUUUACAUCACACACAUCUGCAUUAAGUAGAAAUGGAUCUCGUUCUAGACUAGACAAGACCUACCUUAGUACAGAGAACACCAGAAAAACUGAUGAGCGACCCAUAUCUUUUCAUGGAUCAUUUGAAUCUUUGGGGCAGCAGGCAGAUUUUAUUUCACCUUUAUGUAGCAGUUUUAAUUCUUUAGAGGUGGCAGUUACAGGCGGGAAUGCGAUUACUUCUUACUAUUGUCCGUUUCUAAAUAGUUGCUCUUCAGUACUAAAAGGUAAGUUUGUUAUAUAUUAUAUAACUAAUAGCCUGAGUUAG